AUAAAGGAGCACCUGAUGCGUUUCAAUAUAUUUUGUUCGUGCUGCAAAACAGAGAAAAGGUGUUAACAGUUUUUGUACACAAUGGAUGAAUUUCCAACGUGUAACCUCGACUACCUUCCAGAAAACAUUUUGAUUGACGUGCUAUCAUAUUUGAGCGUGCGCGAGCUUGUCAGAGCUGGGAGAGUGUGUAAGAGAUGGAGACGUCUCGUAAAGGAUCAAAAAUUGUGGAGACUUGUGGACUUGACAGCGUGGAAAGGGAUGACAUCACGUAUCCUGUGGGUCCUUCUGCGCCAGUAUCUGGGUUGUGGACUACGGAACUUACGCCUUCGGGGUUUGCUUCUCUCCGUCCGAGGCGGCACCUUCCUCUCUGAGGCUUGGCUUAAAGCUUUGUCCACAAAGUGCCCCCGCAUGAGCAAGCUCUACCUUCUGCAUGCCGACUUGAGAAGCCUCCCCAGCUGCCAGCUCCUGCCGCCAUCCUUGAAAGUGCUGGAGCUGCAAGGCUGUGAGCUGCCUCAAGGUUUCUUCAACCAAGAUCCACCCACUUCGUCUCAAGAGACGACGUCCAGCGCCAAACAGAAAGGAACGAGACAUUGCGCGCCAUCUGGGAUUUCUAUUGAAUGUUUAAUCCUCAACAGUAUUCCCUCUUUUAAGGACCAACACCUGCAGAGUCUUACAUCAUGGGAGAGGCUCAGUCGACUGGAGCUGUGCGACACGUUUCGCGUGACUGCAAACGGACUUCGAGGCUGUGCCGCCAAGGAAGGAGUCUCUGGCUUGGAAGGCCUAUUUCGCCUUAAGUGUCUGGAAAUGAGCAUGACCACGCGACAGGGCUACCAAAGGCCAAUGGCCUCCUUAGGUUUAGAAAUGGGAUGGCUCGGGCUGGAGGAGCUCAGCCUCGGUGGCAAGGAGGUGGCACCAGGGUUCCCCUAUGCCAGCCGCCUGAAGGACCUGAAGCGCCUCUCCCUGAAGGCCUGCACUCUCGACGAGUUGCAGGUGGUGCACAACUGCAAAAUGCUGCGCGGUCUCCCCGGCUUCCUCAGACUGGAGUUUUUGGAUGUGGUCUUCCAGCAGCGCCGGUGCUCACCUGAGAGGGCGGGCGAAGGGGAACAGGAGCAGGAGGGCGAGGAGGAGGUUGCGGACUCUGAUAAGGGUGACAACGGCAACAAUGAAAACAAACCGGAUAAACUGAUCCGAAAUCUGCGCCGCUUGCUAGCUGUCAUGCUGCCGUGCUGCACGCUGACCUUCAACAAUUGCUCUGUUCAACUCAACUCAAAUCUUGGCUCAAAUUUAUUUAUAUAGCGCUUUCACAGCUGACGCAGCUCUAACAAAGCUCUCACUGUACACCAAACUUAAAAUAAAAAUAGAAUCAUAGGUAACCAAACAAAAUCCUCACCGAUCAAAAUACAUUUCUCUAUUUCCCCCUUGCUGCACAAAUCUUUUUGAAGCUGGUAGUGGGUGAGAGGGGAGCAAAUUUUAAGACCAGUAUGAGUGCACCAAGAUCUUAAAUGUCGCAAGCUCAAAUGUCACGUCACUCAUGUUUGCUUCAAGCUAAGUUUAAAUUUAGAAAAUAAUGAAAAUAAUGUGUUGGUCCAACAUGAGAAUUCUUUGUGGUCCCACUCCCUGCCAAUCCUCGCAGUCAUCGAGCAGUAGGUGGGGGACACCCUCAACUGGUUGCCAGCCAAUCGCAGGCCACACAAAGACAAACAACCAUUCGCACUCACACCUAGGGACAAUUUGGAGUGCUCAAUCGGCCUACCAAGCAUGUUUUUGGGAUGUGGAAGUAAACUGGAGUGCCCGGAGAAAACCCAAGCAGGCACGGAGAGAACAUGCAAACUCCACACGGGGAGGGCCGGAGGUGGAAUCGAACCCUAACUGUGAGGCGGACGUGCUAACCAGUGUGCCACCAAGCCGCCCGGAAAUACAACUGAAAAGAUUUAGAUUGUGUCGUACUGCAUUAAUUGAAUGACUCUGCUGCUCUGUCUGGUGUGUUCAACCUGGCCGCUAGGAGGCAGUAUAAAACAUACUUGACAAACGCACCACUGAAUGUUACUGUGAGUGAGUUGUUUUAUACGUGUGGUCCUUUUGGGUUCGGACUGUCAAAACUUCAUUUUUGUACAUAUAAUAUGACUUGUAAAAACGCUUGCAGUUGUUUUCUUUAUCUUCUACACCCACUGUAGUCUCAGUAUAGGGCCGUUUCCCACAUUCAAUGACAAUUUAAACUACCAAGAUGAAGAGUAGAAUAAUUCUAUUUUAAAUGGACGCGUUCUGUUCUCUUAAGGAUCUUUGACGACUAUAUAAUCUGUGUGCAUAUUGCAGAAGUCCACAAAGCUUCAUGAAGGCUGGCCAUCCUAUCUGGUUUUCCAAUUAAAAUAAUAGCACACGUUA